AGAGAGUUUAGGCACUGCGCCUCCAACCAACAUGUCUACAGACUAUUCCAAUAACGCAGAGGAGAGCCCGGAGCCCCGCAAGGCAGAAGUUAAAGGAUGUAUUCCCAGCUGGCUGCAGGGCACGCUGCUGCGCAAUGGCCCCGGCAUCUUCUCUCUGGGGGACACCAGCUACAGCCACUGGUUUGAUGGGAUGGCUAUCAUGAACAGUUUUGCCAUUAAAGAUGGUGAAGUGACCCACAGAAGCAGAUUCCUGAGAGGGGACACCUACAAAGCUAACAUGGCUGCCAACAGGAUUGUUGUGUCUGAAAUGGGAACCAUGGCCUAUCCAGACCCGAGCAAGAACUUCAUUUUCAAGGCGAUUACCUUUCUCAACCACACAGUGCCCGACUUCACUGACAAUGGAGCAAGCAAUUUCAUUAAGUACGGAAAUGACUUUUACGCCACCUCUGAAACCAACUACAUCCGCAAGAUUGACCCUGUGACACUGGAAACUUUGGAUAAGGUGGACUACUUGAAGUACCUGCCUGUAAACCUGGUGUCGUCCCAUCCACACUACGACAAAGAGGGCAACACCUACAACAUGGGAACCUCGAUAGCAGAGAAGGGCAAGACCAAAUACACGCUGUUCAAAGUCCCUGCUGUUACAGAGAAAGACAAGAACUCUUCAGAGAAGUGGGCCCCCGCUCUGAAGAGCUCCGAGGUGGUCUGCACGGUCCCCUGCCGCUCCCUGCUCACUCCCAGCUACUACCACAGCUUCGGCAUGACGGACAACUACUUCAUCUUCAUCGAGCAGCCGUUUAAACUGGACAUCCUCAAGAUGGCCACUGCGUACAUGAGGGGGGUCAACUGGGCCAGCUGCCUGAAGUUCUGCCCUGACGAGAGUACUCUCAUCCAUCUGAUAGACAGAAAGACUUGCAAAGUACUCGAGACGAAGUACUACACCGGGGCGAUGGUGGUCUACCAUCACGUGAAUGCUUUUGAGGACGACGGUCACGUGAUUUUCGAUGUGAUCGCCUACAGUGACACCAGCCUUUACAACAUGUUCUACCUGAGCAAGCUGAAGGAAGGGUUCCACGAUGAGAGCUACUCCAAACCAAGCUACAAGCGAUUUGUACUUCCCGUCCACUCAGACAAGGGUGUGGCAGUUGGAGAGGACCUGGUGAAACUCAAGUACACGACUGCCAGUGCUGUGAAGGAGAAGGAAGGCAAACUAAUGUGCCAGGCAGAAGUGUUCUGUGCAGGCUUUGAAUUGCCAAGAAUUAAUUAUGAUUUCAACGGCAAGAAGCACCGGUUUGUCUACGGGAACUGUGUGGAGGAGUCGGCGCUGGCUAAAGAGAUUGCGAAGUUUGACACAGAGACCAAGGAGAGGAUUUUCUGGAGCGAGGAGAACUGCCUGCCUUCAGAGCCGGUGUUCAUCCCCAGACCAAAUGCAGAGUCAGAGGACGAUGGUGUGGUGUUGGUGUCAGUCAUCAACAGAAACCCAGGCCAGUUGUGUUUCAUCCUGUUUCUGGAUGGCAAAACAUUUAAAGAGGUAGCUCGAGCAUACGUGGACGCUAAGCUCCCAAAGGAUAUGCAUGGCUUUUUCAUCCCGCAAGAAACUUAGUCAGUUAAACUGUGCUGCAUGGCACAGCGAUCGGUUUGAACAAUGAAACUCACUCUGAUGAAUAAUGCUUCCAGACAAAAGCUUGACGAAGAUGCUUUCAUGGACUAACUCAUCUAUGUAAGAUUAUAGGGAUUGUAUCAAAACAAAGUUCCUAUUGGUAUGUUUAUUUAAAAAGGUGUGGAUUUCUUAAUGGUGUGUCAAUCAAAAUGCCAUUUAAGCUUGUACAUAGGCCCUAUCACUGUUUAUUAUGUAGUCCAUAUUACUCUAUUGCACUGCUUUGACAAUCAUUGUACUAUUGCUCAUCAUUUUUUAAUAAAAAAGACUCUAUUCUACAAGUUAA